AUGGGAAAAAUUCAGUUUAAUUUGCCGAUACCUAAACCAGGAGACUCAGCAAACGACGAGACAUUGGACGACGAUGGAAAACCUUUAAAAAUGUCUGCGAAUUCAGCAAGAAAAGCAAAGAAUCAUACACAACGUGUUGUUUCAAUGUUCUAUUGUUUUCUAAUAUUCGCCUUUGGCUUGUCAAUCACACUUUAUAACACUGGUCACAAAGUGGUUGAAAUUGAGAGUUCGUUUGUGUCAUUUUAUACCGUUAUGUUUAUCACUUCAAUUAUCGUCAUGAUCUUCACAUUGGCCUACGUGUAUAAACACCGACAUGCAAGUUUAGAGGCAAUUGAGAAAGGUGAAUUAUCAGCUCCUAGGAUAGCAUUUUCUCUACGUGGAGAAGCCGUCAAUUUAUAUCUUCGCUUUGGAAUUGGGUUGUUUGCAGCCAUGUCAAUAGUGUAUACAGCGACACGAUGCUAUGAGACUGUCUUCCUGCUACUUCUACAUCGGGUUGUGAUCUUGGUGAGAAUACGUGUCUUCAGCUUUAUUCUACUACAUAUUUUAACAGUUAAUCUAUGCAUUUGGUCGGAUGCUGUCAUUAAAAAGAUAUCUAAGAGUAUUGGAACUGUGACAGUGUCAAAUGUAACUGAAACACAUAAAAAGUAUGAACUCGCAGCAACCAAUUAUUUUCUUCCCGCUGUACCUGAAUACUGUGCGAUUGCUGUAGCUGUGGUCUAUGAAUUGUUGAAUCGUGUUGGACAACUGAAACAAAUUGAAUGCCAUGAUGAAAAAAAGAAGGAACAAAACGUUAAGAUAAUCGAUCAUGGUUGUAUUGGUAUCAUCAUUGGGACAAUUAUCAUAUGCAUUGUAAUGGGGAUUGUAAUGCUGUUAGAGAUAUGGGGUAAAAAAUUGCAUGGCAGUGCGUAUAUUGCUCAUUCAACGGAAACAAGUGUUCUGUUUGUUAUGGCUCUGGUGUUCUGUGUCUUGGGUAUAAACAGUACAAGACGACUGAAGUUCUCCGUAAACUUUUCCAAUCAAAAUUUGGACAGUAAAUUACUGAUUGUAACCUUUUUCAUUACUGUCACAUUCCUAGCUGCAUGCAUUCUGUUGAACAUAGCCUUUCUUUUGAGUACUGCAUUCAAUGAUGAUGAACAACAGUGUCUCAAAUUACAUCUCUUCACAGUGCUUUUAGAAUUGAUACAAGUUAUGGUGCAGAACUUCUUUAUCAAUGAUUUAUUCUAUCGCUGCUGUCAUGAUAAAUCCUAUCAAGAAAAGAAACCAGGUCGCCCAAUGAUAGCUUUAUUAUCAGCUGUAAAUUUCUCAUUAUGGAUGAUUUAUAGCUUUCAGGCAAAACACAACAAUAUAUUACUCAGUGUCAAUUCGAAUUAUGUAAAGGCAAGUGAACUUCAAAGCUUAUUUAUUUAUAUAAGUGUAUCACUGCCUAUGGUGAUGCUAUAUCGUUACCAUAGUAGUGUUUGUUUAGCAAUAGAGUAUAUACGUGUUUAUGAGGAUGAAGUGACUCGAUAUGAGAGUAUGUUACGUGGUGUGCCACAUACUAAGACACUACCAUUCGGUUCCAAAUGGGAAAUUGUUGAACCUCAUUUGUCGGAUUCACUUUCUGACAAUGUAAUGACAAGAGAGUUUAGAACCAGAGCUUUGUCUGAACCGGCAAUAAAAUUGGGUUCAGCCGCUUAUCUGAAAGAAUUCAAUGAUACAAAUAACUCAUCAGAUUUUAGUGGAAAAGAUAAACAAACUUUGACAGUGAACAAGCUAGAAAAACUAAGUUCACAAAAAUACAAUCCUCAAAAUAAAAGACGUACAACUCAUAUCAGUAUGGAACUGGCACAAUAUCGUGUUAAUGCUAGUGAAAUGGAACAUCGGUUAGCUGAAAUGAAACUGAAGAAGAAUAAACGUGCAAAGGAUGACCAGACUUCGAAUGAAAAGUUAACCGUAAGUAAAUUUACUGUGAAUAAAGAAUUCGAGCCAACUAUUUCAACUUCAUUGUCUGACAGCGCCUUAUCCACCAUACGCACAACAGAUACUAUUGAUGAAGAAGAUGAUGAAACUGGAGGUAUUGACACUGACGACUAUCCGAGACAGACACCAUCUCCAGAGUCUUGUUACUACAGUAAAACAGGGGAUGAUAGUAAUACAUAUCAUACACAAAGUCAGCUAUAA